AUGGAAGGCCAUUUUGUCCUCGCGAGAGCAGGGUAUAAUGUCGUCUCCUACGGGACGGGAUCGGCUGUCCGACUCCCUGGGCCGUCAAUAGACAAACCCAAUAUCUAUUCUUUUGGCACACCUUACAAUGAUAUAUUCGAAGAAUUGAAUGCGAAGGACCCUCGUUUAUACUCGGCUAACGGCGUUCUGCAGAUGAUUGACCGCAAUCGAAGAGUCAAACUUGCUCCAGAACGCUGGCAGGAAUGUAAGACUGUAGCGGACAUUGUCAUCACGUGCGAAGAACGGUGUUUUGAUGCAGUAUGUGACGACCUGAUGUCUCGAGGCGGCGAGUUCAACCGUCCCGUUCAUAUCAUCAACGUAGAAAUCAAAGAUAACCACGAGGAAGCUCUAAUAGCUGGGAAGGCCAUGCUCGACUUAGCUGCCGCGAUCGAAGCUUCAGACGACAUUGAUGAGGACAUAGAUAAGAUCCUCCAAGCUCAGCAGGAAAAGCACCCUCAUAGUCUCCUCCAUGCUAUCGCGUACUACUGA